AGAGAAACAGAAGCAGAGCUCACAAAUGGCCAUGUCUUGGAGGCUUCCAACUCAGCUGGCAACCAAACCGCCCCAUCACCACGACCCCAAACUCUCAUGGUGCCGCACUUUAGCACCAGACCAACUCCAUCUCACUUCUUCCGCUUCUUCACUCUCCACCACCACUGGGAGUUGUACUAGUCGAGGUUUGGUGAGAUGUACGGCCAGGACAGGAGUCGGGGCUGUGAAUUUGGCUCCGGGGACACCUGUCAGGCCCACCAGUAUACUAGUGGUUGGCGCCACCGGAACGCUGGGGAGGCAGAUUGUGAGGCGAGCGUUGGAUGAAGGGUAUGACGUUAGGUGCUUGGUUAGGCCUAGACCCGCUCCGGCUGACUUUCUCAGAGAUUGGGGCGCUACUGUUGUCAAUGCAGACCUUAGCAAACCGGAGACUAUACCUGCAACAUUGGUUGGUGUUCAUACAGUUAUUGAUUGUGCCACUGGCCGUCCAGAGGAGCCCAUCAAAAAGGUAGAUUGGGAAGGAAAAGUUGCUCUUAUACAAUGUGCAAAGGCAAUGGGGAUCCAGAAAUUUGUGUUCUUUUCUAUCCACAACUGUGACAAGCAUCCUGAAGUUCCUCUUAUGGAGAUCAAGUACUGCACUGAAAAGUUUCUCAAGGAUUCAGGCAUAAACCAUGUUAUAAUUCGUGCAUGUGGAUUCAUGCAAGGGAUUAUUGGGCAGUAUGCAGUACCUAUAUUGGAAGAGAAAUCAGUUUGGGGAACAGAUGCCCCUACAAGAAUUGCAUACAUGGACACCCAGGAUAUAGCUCGGUUGACAUUUAUAGCUUUACGAAAUGAGAAUGUUAAUGGGAAGCUUCUCACAUUUGCUGGCCCUCGUGCAUGGACAACCCAAGAGGUAAUAACAUUGUGUGAAAGGUUUGCGGGGCAAGAAGCAAACAUUACCACAGUUCCUGUCUCUGUCUUAAGAGUAACCCGUCAGCUGACUAGGCUUUUUGAGUGGACAAAUGAUGUUGCCGAUAGAUUGGCAUUUUCAGAGGUCCUUUCAAGCGAUACUGUUUUCUCUGCUCCAAUGAACGAGACAUAUAGUCUUCUUGGUGUGGACGCAAAAGAUGUAGUUACUCUUGAGAAAUAUUUGCAAGACUACUUCACCAACAUAUUGAAGAAGUUGAAGGAUCUGAAAGCACAAUCUAAGCAAUCUGACAUUUACUUUUGAAGAAAGGCCAUUUUGCAAUUGUAAAUGAAAGCCAUUAUAUGUAUCAACAAGUCUGAAGUUACCUGGUAACAUGCACUCAUGCAGAGGUAUACACUUGAACUGGAAUCUUCUUACACCCCU